UAGCAGUCAGUCUUUGCAUUGUUGUUUGAAUCUUGUUGUCCGAAGUUGUUGUGAGGUUAAAGCGAAUUCAUCCGAUCACUUGUAAUGGCGGAGACGAGGUCGGAUAAAGGUAGUGCAAGUCUCUUCUCUCCUUUCAAGAUGGGAAAGUUCAAGCUCUCUCACAGGGUGGUGCUGGCACCAAUGACUAGAUGCAGAGCACUGAAUGAGAUUCCAGGGGAAGCCCUAGUUGAGUAUUACGUUCAGCGAUCAACAGCCGGUGGAUUUCUCAUCACUGAAGGGACUUUGAUCUCUCCCACAGCCGCCGGGUUUCCACAUUGCCCUGGGAUUUACACCAAACAACAAGUUGAGGCAUGGAAGAAAGUGGUUGAUGCUGUCCACGCCAAGGGGGCCAUCAUAUUCUGUCAAUUGUGGCAUGUUGGCCGAGCUUCACAUCAAGUGUAUCAACCGAGUGGGGCUGCACCCAUAUCAUCUACGAGCAAGCCUAUAUCAAAGAGGUGGAGAAUACUCAUGCCAGAUGCAAAACAUGGCAUGUACCCAAACCCUCGACGCUUGACUAUCUCUGAGAUACUGGAGGUGGUGGAACAUUAUCGCCAGGCUGCUCUAAAUGCUAUUGAAGCUGGUUUUGAUGGCAUUGAGAUCCAUGGGGCUCAUGGCUACCUCAUCGAUCAAUUCUUAAAGGAUGGAAUCAACGAUCGAAUGGAUGAGUAUGGUGGUUCACUUGCAAACAGGUGCAAAUUUAUAAUGCAGGUGGUUCAAGCAGUUGCUGGAGCCAUAGGGGCUGAUCGUGUUGGUGUCAGGAUUUCACCAGCCAUUGAUCACCUCGAUGCCACAGACUCUGACCCUCUCAACCUAGGCCUUGCAGUGAUUGACAAACUCAACAAGCUCCAGGUUGUCUUAGGCUCAAGGCUCACCUAUCUCCAUGUAACUCAGCCUCGAUAUACAGCUUAUGGGCAAACAGAAUCAGGUAGACACGGUAGUGAAGAUGAGGAGUCCAAGUUAAUGAGGACUUGGAGAGGGGCAUAUCAGGGAACUUUCAUUUGCAGUGGUGGGUUCACUCGGGAUCUAGGAAUCCAAGCUGUUGCACAAGGUGAUGCUGAUUUGGUUUCAUAUGGUCGGCUUUUUGUCUCAAACCCAGACUUAGUUUUGAGAUUAAAAUGCAAUGCACCCCUCAAUAGGUACAUUAGGGCUACUUUCUACACUCAAGAUCCUGUUAUUGGGUACACAGACUACCCAUUCUUGAGCACAGGAAGCGAGGGCCAUGGACCAUUUUCACGCCUUUAAUUGGGGCGAUGGCACUGUCAUGAUCACGCGUGUGUAUUGGUAUAAUAAUUGAAACCUAGAGCUUUAGAUUUACUGGAUGUCUUCUUUUUCUUUUUUUCUUUUUUUGAAUUCAUGUAUUAGGUUCUUAUACUUGGAGAGGUCUUGUGAAGGUUGUGAUCAUUGAUCUAAGACACUGCAAUGUCCUCCAAGUACUGCUCGUGACAAUCUUAUAGAAAAAUAAAAGUUUGUAUUACGAUUAAUAA